AUGAACAGGGAGCUGAUCUCAGAGGUCACAGAAGAAGAAAUUAGAAAAGCAGUUUUUAGCAUGGGCAGCCUCAAAGCUCCUGGACCAGACGGCCUGAAUGGACUGUUCUAUCAAAAACACUGGGAGAUAAUCAAGAAAGAGGUAUGUGCAGUAGUCAGAGAAUUCUUUCGGAAUGGGUUCUUGCCGGAAGACAUUAGCGAAACCAUAGUAGUUUUAAUUCCAAAGGUAAAAGAUCUGGAAGAACUCAAUCAGUUAAGACUAAUCAGUUGUUGCAACUUUAUUUACAAAAUAAUAACCAUGGUCAUAGUGUUGAGACUGAAAGGGCUCCUCGAGGAUAUAGUGUCCCCAACCCAAAGUGCAUUUGUGGGAGGAAGGCUCAUACAAGAUAAUGUAGUAAUUGUCCAAGAAGUCUACCAUAGCCUAAAUAGGAAAGGAAGAGACGGAUCACAAAAUGUAGCAAUCAAGUUAGACAUGAACAAGGCAUAUGACAGGCUUGAAUGGGAUUUCCUCGAAAAGGUGCUCAUGAAAUUUGGGUUCGCCGAAAAGUGGGUUGACUUGGUGAUGAAAUGUGUAAGAAGCCAGGCUAAAGCGAAAGACAAUAUAACAGGUCUAAAGAUAGCCCCAACAGCUCCGGCUAUUACUCACUUGUUGUUCGCGGACGACUGCAUUAUAUUUGCGAAAGCAAAGGAGGAGGAGAUAUUUCAGAUUAUAACCGAAAACUUGCACAAAGGUCGCAAGAUUCUGGUGGGCAGCAUCAGGGAAGAACGGGGCAUUCAUUGGAAGAAGUGGGACAGCAUCACUGAGAGCAAGACAACGGGUAAAAAAGGCGCCUCAUGGGUCUGGAGAAGCAUCUUACAUGGAAGAGAGCUAUUAAGGAAAUGUGUAAAGUGGAGCAUAGGAGAUGGCUCCAAAGUGAGCAUCUGGAAAGAUAAUUGGAUCGCAGAGAGGAGCAGCCCUCUUAAUACAAACAGCACAGAUGACUCGAAGGUUAAGGAUCUCAUUGUAAAUGGGGAAGGGUGGAAUAAAAGAAAGAUCGAAAGCAAAUUCUCCCAAGAAAUUUUCAAGGAGAUACUUAGCACCCCUGUUAGUGUAAUGAACAAAGACGAUCACCUGUAUUGGCCGUGGAGGGAAUAUGGGAAUUACUCAAUAAGAACCGGAUACUAUGCUGCAAGAAGAGUUGGGCAGAACAGCAAAUAUGGAAAUCCAUCAACAAGUGAAGAUAAAAGGGAGAUAUGGAAGGAGGUGUGGAGAAUGGAAGUCCCACAGAAGAUCAGAAUGUUUUUAUGGAAAGCUUGUCAUGAUAUAUUACCAGUAGGUUCUAACUUAUAUAAAAGAAAGAUGGCACCAGAUCCAGUUUGCCAAAUAUGCUUAAAAUGUCCAGAGACAGUAGAACAUGCAUUACUACUCUGUGAUUGGGCUAGGGCAACAUGGUUCGGAGCGGAAUGCCAAUGGACCCCAACAGUUGAGACAGUUAGCUCAAUCGGAAAUUGGAUGGUCGAAUGUAUAAAGAAGUUGAGAGCAGGAGGGGGAGAGGACCAGAAGAAGAGGAUUAGCAAGUUAGGAUUUCUCAUGUGGGAAAUAUGGAAAACGAGAAACAACAAGCUGUUUCAAUAG